AUGUCAACUCGAUUUCUGCCCCGGUUUUUUAACGAGUUUUAUUUAAAGCUCAAAUAUUAUGAUACUGAAAAAAGUGGUUGGCUGCCUCGAGAGGUUGUAUAUAAUUAUUGUGCUUCAAAACUUAUAAGAUUCGAUCCAUCUUUAAUAGAACCAUUGUUAUCAAAGUGGGAAGCAUUUGAUGGUUCAAAUAUUGACUACAAGUUUUUUUCGCACAUUCUUAAUUACAAGGAAGCAAUAGAAUAUUUUCCUCGUAUUCCUGAUUUACCGCCAGAAUGCAUUGACUUCCGCACCACAUACAGUGAAAUAAUGAAAACUGAUCAAGAGAGAGAUGAGUCUCGUAUGGCCGGAAUUCCAUCUGGUAGGUAUUUCGACUUAGACUAUCCUAUUACACCUAAUUUCUACUGCAAAGCAUUUAGAACGUGCCUCCCACAAGAGUCAGAUGUCCAGUCAUGUAUUACUCCAAGUAUUUUUACAUUGAUGCACGUCAACCACCGCGACAUGUAUGCUAAACGUGAACCUGACGUCGUGAGGAAAGUAUUCAAAGCUGCUGGAGAGGAUUUUAGUGAUGAAAAAUUCAACGAAAUAUGGGAGGAAGCUAAAAAAUAUCAUUCUCAAGGCUGGGUCUGUUUUGAGACAUUUAGGACGGCGUUACGAAAAGUUUCAGAUGCGGAAAAUAGUAUUAGUUAG